CAGAUUUUAGUGCCUUUCUGUGGCGUGUGAAACAGGGAGGGGUGCGGUGAAAGGAUCUUGUGGCUGUACCGUUAAACUGGAGAAAGUGUAUAGCUAGCUUGCUAGCUACUCGUGAGACCCUUUCGACUACUUUGGGGAGUUGCUUCAGAAAGGUUAGCUGUAGCUUCAACGUUCGAAGAAAUAUUGGAAGGAAGAGGCAGCGGAUGAUCUAAGCGGAAAUUGGUUUCUUCUCCUGUUAAGAAACCAAAUGGGGAAUCUGUUAAAGGUUCUCACCUGCACAGAGCUAGAGCAGGGACCAAACUUUUUCCUUGACUUUGAAAACGCACAGCCCACAGACUGCGAGAAGGAAGUGUGGAACCAGGUCAAUGCUGUCCUGCGGGACUCAGACAGCAUCCUCUCCGGCCUGCAGGCCUACAAGGGAGCCGGGCAGGAGAUAAGAGAGGCCAUACAGAACCCCAAUGACAUGCUGAUGCAGGAGCGGGCGUGGAACUCAGUCUGCCCCCUGGUCAUACGGCUGAAGAAGUUCUACGGCUUCUCCCUGAGACUAGAGAAAGCUCUGCAGAGCCUUCUGGAGUCGCUCACCUGCCCCAACCUCAGCCCCACGCAGCACCUGGAGAAGGAGCAGGCCCUGGCCAAGCAGUUCGCCGAGAUCCUGCACUUCACGCUGCGCUUCGACGAGCUCAAGAUGAGGAUCCCUGCCAUCCAGAACGACUUCAGCUACUACCGGCGAACCAUCAGUCGCAACAAGAUCAACAACAUGAACCUGGACAUCGAGAGCGAAGUCAACAACGAGAUGGCCAAUCGAAUGUCCCUCUUCUACGCCGAGGCCACGCCCAUGCUGAAGACCCUGAGCACAGCCACCACGCAGUUCGUGUCUGAGAAUAAAACGCUGCCCUUGGAGAACACCACAGACUGUCUGAGCACCAUGGCCUCCGUGUGCAAAGUGAUGCUGGAGACUCCGGAGUACACGAGCAGGUUCAACAGUGAGGACACCCUGCUCUUCUGCAUGCGGGUGAUGGUGGGCGUCAUCAUCCUGUACGACCACGUUCACCCGGCCGGAGCCUUCACCAAGUCCUCCAAAAUCGAUAUGAAGGGAUGCAUAAAGGUGCUGAAGGACCAGCCUGCAGACAAUGUUGAAGGCCUUCUCAAUGCCUUGAAGUUCACCACAAAACACCUGAACGACGAGACGACUCCAAAAGCCAUCAGAGCGAUGCUUCAGUAACGUUUUUUUAUAUGAAGAGGAUCCGUUACUGACCUCAAGAGAUGUACAUGUUUACAUAAUUUAAGGACUCGAUGUUAAUACUUGUGUGUAUUUACAUAGUCAAUCCCUCCUGGUUACUGAAACUUAUAGAAAAUGUACCUUUAUUCUGAGAUUAAUUGCCUAUACUGUUUGUUUGUUGAAGCACAAAUUAAUGACCUUUCAGCCUUACAAACUGAAUCAUGCAAAUUGCUUGGCUUGCGACGUUUUGGACGUUACUCCGGUUACCGCACGUGAAAGACUGUAAGGGGUGAAACCGUCGGUUGUUCAGUAUACUCUGAGAGCUUCGUAGGGUAGCUGUGACCACUUACUUGCAUAUUGCAGAGAUGUCGUUGGUGUUUAAAUGGUUCUUUUCUGUGAGCAGUAACUGACAAGAAAGGUGGUUGUGUGUGUCACGAGAAAUAAGUGUACCAAAUGUGUGUCUGUGCGAGUGUGUGCGCGUGUGUGAGUGUGCGCGCGUGUUUUUACAUUUUAAACCAUAUGGCAGCAGAGGUGGGAUUAUUUUGUGUGUGUGUGUGUGUGUGUGUGUGUGUGUGUGUGUGUGUGUGUGCGCAUGCCUGUGUGUGUACAUGUUGCUUUGUUUUUGCGUUGUUUUUUUGUUUUUUGUUUGUGAUAUUUCAGCGUCUAACAUAAAUUCAUUGCUUGAAAAUACAGCUUUAAAUUCAAAUAAAAAAUGUGACAGUAAGUAUUUUUAACCGUGAUAUGAAGUGGAUCAAGGCAACAUUCCCUUGGAGGUGUCCUUUCUUCAUGUAGCAUCCUGUGGCUAUGUGCGAUAGCUUCUGUGCUAAAAGAGUGGGUAGCGUUUCGUGGCCUACUUUUUGGGGUUUUCUGUUCUCUCAGUUCUCACAAUCGACAGAGUAUGAAUCGGACCGAGACUUCUGACAAUGUAAAAGCAAGGCCGUGCGUGAAUCAACCAACAUACAAACUGUCGACACAAGAGCAACAACUAAGAUCCAAGUCGCCUAUUCGUUCUUUAGUUAACCGAUAGCCUACAGCAGAUUAACUUUUAAGAGCGGUUGCAGUAUAAACUUUUGAAUAUAUGUAAUUAUCUUGCUUGCAGGGGACAAACGUAAAACAAGUAUAAUUUGCCAGUUUUUGUAACCGCAUUACAGUUUAUAACAUUCUCAUUUCUCAACGGAGGGAAUAGUCUUUACUUUAAUUGUGGCAAUACUUAUUCGUAAAGUGCAGCUGAGUUGAGUUAACUGUAUUGGCUUUAGAUUGUUGCGGCUCUAUAAUCAUUCGGACGAGUUAUUCGCUUAUUAAUGCAUUUGGGAUGAGUAAAGUAAUGAGGUUGCGGUUUGGUAGAUAAGAGACGUUGCGUGCCUGUGGCGAUAAUGACGGAUGAUGAUGUUGCAGUACGUGUGGACCUAUCGCAUUAAAGCAGGGUCUCUCUUUACUGCACGACUGCACACCAGAGCUACUGAAGCAUGGCGGAUGGCAUGCAGUAAGUCUUCUAACCGGCCAGCUGCUUACGCGUGUAAUUACCCCUGUGAUUUAGCCCAUGUAACUUUACAUUUAUACGGACCUGGAAGUCUUGCUGGAUCGAGGCUCCGCAGCAGUUGGUGUGGAUUGUGGAAGCCCGGUGGUAUUCAGAACUAUGCGCUGAAAUCGCCUGUUUUACUCGCGUAACGAGAUUAUUAUUAUUAUUAUUGCCGUAGCUGUUCGCUUGCGUUGAACUCUUGCUUCGUCUUGCCAGAACUGGUCUCACAAGUCAUUAAAAAAAUAUAUAAAUAUUCAAGGAUGAUAGAGAGUGUGAACGAAUGUCAAAUCAAAUUACACCAGUUGCAUGUACUGCCCUUAAGCGUUAAAUAUGACGUCAAAUAUGACGUCUGGAGGUGGAAGUAGUUAAUUGGUCCACAUUGGUAGACGUGCAUCUCCACUGCUUGCUCUGAACUGGUGGACCAAAUUAAGUAAGAAUUUACCUGUCAUCUUUGCAACCUGAAAAGGAGGCGUGGUUGCUGUUCUUUCCAAAGUAAGCCCCAAUGGCGUAGAUAUUAUUUUUAUUUUGAUAAUCUGAUUUGUACUUGGGAAGACUGGUCAGUAUGAGCGUUUCAUUUGAAGGUUGAAGCGCUCGCUCGCACAGAGGGGGAACGGCAUUCAUUUGAAGUUAGGCUAAAUACCGGGAUAUACUUGCCUUGAGCUGAACCUGUGUACUUUUGUUUUUGUGUGUUAUUUUUUCUUCUCAUACCAUUAUCUCCUGUUGAUAAUUGUUGACCAAAGUGGCAUUAAAUAUAGGUUUGGGUACCCAAGAUCUUUGUGCUCGUCUAUGCAGGUAUAUGUGUCUAUAAAAGGUGUAAUAGGGAUAUUAGUAUUGACCGCAAGAAAAAACUGAAACAAGAGAAAAAUGGUAUAAAUGAAGUUUUAUGAAUUUGAAACACUUAAAUUAUUUGAAAUAUCUAAUAAAUAUAAGUGAUGUGAUGGUCUGGGUAUCAUUUGUAGUUAGAAGGGUCUUUCAGUUGAGUUGAUAGAUGGGCGUUGCUAUUGGAAAUAUUGUCCUCAGAAUAGAUUAUGAUGCAUAACGUGACCGGAAAGGUUUAUACAAAUUCUUUUUCAUUUUUUUCAGUCAUAUAGAAACCACUUUUGGGCUUCACACGUCAUUCACGUAUCACCCCAUGCAUUCCCGCAUUUACACACAUAUAGACUAAACAAAACAAUGUGCAGUUACUAUGCGUUUGCUUCAUAAAUAAACAUUAGCCAUAACUAACAAAAUGUAAGAAUAUGCACCAUAUGUACAAUGCCCGUAGUAUUAAAUAGACAUUUUUAGUCGUGUGUGCUAUUCCGUGUUGUGUAAUCAAUGCAUUUUUUUCUCCAUGCUAAGAGAUUUAAAGAAUAAAUGUGACACGUGGGUGAGUGCUUUUAAAACGGCAUUACCUAAAAUGCAUCGGUUGUCAUAAAACAUAAGAUUAAACCAAAUGGAGUAAUCCCAUCAAAAUGUUUGUAAAAUUCCCUCCAGUGUAGCAAAAAGAUGCCACCUUUGAAGAGUUCAAGAUAAGCUAAAUGCAGGUUUCAUUAAAUGUUUGUUUUAACUGAUGCUGUUCUCUGUUCAGUAAUUUUGAAAAAAUGAUUAAAUGUUCAUUAUUGGUUUUUGCUUUAUAUUGCAUAUUGAAUGGAUGUGUGAAUUGAAAAUAAAAGUUGGUACAUUUCUUCA